AUGAUGGACGAAUCGGGGGAUAUAUUGAUGAAGACGUUGAUGGAAUCUGGGGUUUUGAUCCCCGGAGAUUUCUCUUCUGUUGGUGAAUUGUCUUCCGAAGCUUUGGUAUCGAUCUGUGCUCAGUUGCUUAAUCUCAUCGACCCAUCGGCGUCGUUUUGCGUUGAGCUCCCUGAUUCUCUCCCCGAUAGGUUUAGGAUCUGCACCGAUAUCGCUCAUUCUGUGAAGAGCCUAGGCUACAUCGGCGACAUGAGUUAUUACAAGUUUCUGCAUCCAUCUCAAGAUGACUCGUAUAGGUUGGUUAGAUUCUUGGUUGAGAGGCUUUCCGAGAAAAACGAAGGAAUCAAAACUUCUCCUUCUGGUGAUAUAGCUAGCAAGCCAAUGGCCGAGACUUUCAGAGAUAUUUCAGAUGACAAAAUGGUGAAGGAGGACAAUGAUGAGACUUUUGACAUGCAUAUACAGAAGGUUGAAGCUGUCCUCAAAGAUCUUACAAUGACUACUGAGAUCUCUCGUUCACCAGACUCUCUUGCCAAAAAUGCUUCCACCAGUGUUGAUCUCUUCUCCCUAAAGACAGAUGACCCUGUUACUGGUGAACCAUCAGAUUUUUCAUUGAGACAGCCAUCUGGACAUGAAGAAAAUUCUUCUCAAGACCCGUCUGAGACAACUUAUGAGACUGUUGAGUUACAGAAACAACAUGAUUUACUCUUGGAGGAACUAGAAUCGGGAUAUUCAGAGCUCUGCAGUCUGGACAGUGAUCUAGAGCUGUUGAAGAUGGCUGAGGAGAGGUUAUUGGAUGACAAACAGCUGGGUGGGUCAUAUCUCGAACAGCUUAAUCAACAACUAGUGGUCAAAAGGUGUAAUAUAGUGGAUCUUAAAAAGCAGUGGGACGAUGAAAGGCUGACUUUGGAAACUAAAAAGCUACGUCUCUUGGACCAAAUUCAUGUGGUGGAACCAGAGGCUAAAGAGAAAGUCCAUAAGUUGAGAAAGACUCAACUGGAUUUACAAUCGCUCUCAUCAGAAAUUCAAAAGAGGGAAGAUGAAAGGUAUAACCUAUGCACUGAGCUUGAGAAGCAACCAAAAGCAGCGUCUCGGAAAUCUUAUAUCCAUGGGAUUAAAGAAAUAACAAAGAAUAGCCGUAAACUGGACACUGAUAUACAGAGGAUUUCAGGGGAGACCAGGGAGAUACAGUUAGAGAGUAACUCAAUCCAAGAACGCCUGCACCGAUCGUAUGCUGUUGUGGAUGAAAUGGUUACAAGGGAAGUGAAAAAGGACCCAGCCGUACGACAGGUGUAUAAGCUAGUGACGAGUAUCCACGGUAUUUUCGAGCAGAUCUCCGAAAAAGUCCUCAUGGCUGAUCGGUUAAGAAGAGAAGCAGUCGACUAUGAGAAGAAGCUAGGGUCCAUCACAGCUCGAGGCAUGAGCCUGGAGAAAUUACAAGCCGAUCUCAAUGCUAUCAGGAAAGAGAACGAAAGUCUCGAGCAAUAA